AGCUUUUCCGUAAAAGGACACAAGGCUUUACGAGGGAUGUAUCUGGAGAUGACGAGAAUAACAGUUGCAACAAAUGGCGCAAACUAAAUUCAUUUUCAGUCAAUUCAAUUUGAGCGAUCCGGAAUUCUCGCGUUCACAAAGUUCAAAGGCCUCGAAUCGAGCGCGCGCGCGCGCGCGCCAAGUACAGUGACAACCGGGCGGAACAGAACGGAGUGAGAUCGUCAUCGAUAUUGAUUGAAUUGACGUUGCGCGGCACAAGUCGCGACUGUCGCGAGUCGAGUUGACGAGAUCGAGGAUCGCGAGAAUGCAGCGUAGCGUACUCGGGGCGACGAGUAUCCAGCUGUUACAGAGACGCUUCUUCAAAAAGUACCACGUGAGGGUUAGAUUCGCGCCUAGCCCCACCGGUGACUUGCAUUUAGGAGGAUUGCGUACCGCGCUGUACAACUAUUUGUUCGCACGUAGCAACAACGGCACGUUUAUUUUGAGGAUCGAGGACACCGAUCGGACAAGAACGGUUCCCGGGGCAAUAGAGAGACUCCAGGAUGAUUUGCUAUGGGCAGGGAUUAUACCCGACGAAGAUCCUACCAGAGGUGGCCCCGUUGGCCCUUACGUGCAGUCGUCAAGGCUCGAAUUGUACAAAGAGCAGGCGCUUAAACUCUUGGACAAUCGAUCCGCUUAUUACUGCUUUUGUACGGAGAAAAGACUGGAAUUGUUGAGGAGAGAGGCUAUAAAGUGUGGACAAGUACCUAAAUAUGACAAUAGGUGUCGACAUUUUACCAAGGAUCAAGUAAAGGAAAUGCUCUGGAAAAAUAUCACUUAUUGUAUUAGAUUUAAGUUGGCGUCCACACCGGCGGCCUUUCACGACAUAGUUUACGGCGACGUGUUGCAUGAUCUUACCAAGUCCGAGGGAGAUCCAGUUAUCAUAAAAUCAGAUGGCUAUCCCACUUACCAUUUUGCAAAUGUAGUCGAUGACCAUUUUAUGGAAAUAUCUCAUGUCUUACGGGGCGUUGAAUGGCAAGUUUCUACACCUAAGCAUAUUAUGCUUUACAAAGCGCUUGGCUGGGAUCCUCCCAUAUAUGGACACUUACCUUUAAUAUUAAACGCGGAUGGAUCCAAGUUGUCCAAGAGACAGGGUGACAUCAAAAUCGAGUCAUUUAGGAAACAGGGUAUUUUUCCACUAGCGUUAUUGAAUUACGUGAUAGGGGCUGGUGGUGGUUUCCACAAAGAACGAGAAAACCAACAUCUUUACAGUUAUCAAACAUUAAUUAAACAGUUUGAUAUUAAUAAAAUAAAAUCGAGUUCUGGCAAACUUAUGCCUGAGAAAGUAUUGGACUUGAAUAAAUUGGAAAUGGUAAAUUUACUACAAAAUGAAAACAACUAUAAAUUUUUUAUCGAGAGAAUUAAAAAAUUAGUGUCAGAAGCAUUCCCCGAAUGGAAAAAUGAUGGAAAUUUACAGUUGGAUGACGAUCAUGUAAUAACUACUUUAAAGUGGGCACAAAACAGAAUAUCGACACUCAAUGAUCUCGUCAAAGAAGAUUUAGCAUUUUUAUGGGUUGUUCCAUCCUCUAUGCCAAAUGUUCAACAAGCUGGAUGUUCAGAAGCGAUUAAACUAUUAAAUGCAGAAUUAGUUGAAAUAGAUGCUAGUAAUUACAAGACUGAUUGGAUGGUACCAUACCUAAAGAGUUUUGCCAAAAAGAACCGAGUUCCAUUCGCUGCUUUAAUGAAGACUCUGAGAAGCAUUAUGAGCGGCGUAAAGGUCGGACCACCUGUUGCUGAAAUGAUGGAAAUUUUGGGAAAAGAUAAAACAUUGUUGCGAUUACAACGUUGCGUUUCCUGAAAAUUUAUACAAAUCCAAUUUACAUAUGUUUUGACAAAAAAGAUAUAGUUGUGCAGAGACUAAUAUGCUGCGAGUUUACCAAUACUUUUAAAAUAUUUUCCACUGUAAAAAUAAUUGUGUCCCACUGUUGGAAGACAUAAAAGCGAUUGGUAUAUAACUUGUAAUUUUAUAAUAUUACUAUUUUUUCACACAUUUUUUGAUAACUUUUGAAUAAUUAGUUUACCAAUAAACUGUAAACUACAAAACUUUGAGAUUUAACUUUAUUGUAGAAUAGUGAUUUCUUUUAUACAGCGUAAAAAUAAUUUGUAAUGCUUAUACACUCAAGUACAAAAAGAUUAAUACAUGUAGAAAUUAUGCAUAAAUAUCUUGACAAAAAUAGAUUAUUAAGUGCUCAUAUAUAUAUAUAACAGAUUGAACACGUUUAUUCUUAAAUAGCUUUUUCGAUACAAUGCGAGACUUUCCUUAUGUAGCAUAGGAUUUCUAAUACAUGCAAAUCCUUGGAAAAAGUAUUUGAUGUCAGUAAUUUCCAACACAAAAUCUGAGAACGUCAUAGAAGCAUGUUUUAUAGUAACAAUUAGAUUCUUUGUGCAAGGAUGAAAAUGAAAAAAUUAUGUAUAAAAAUGGCACCAAUUAAACGUCCAUUCGAAUUGCAAUAAAAAGAUUAUUAAAUUGUUAUUUAUUAAUAUUGCUACAUUAAUAUAAUUAUAAAUUCUGUCAUUGUAUCAAUUGUAAGAUAUUGCUUGAUAAAUUGCCAAUUAAUAUAUCUGAUAUCAUAAUGAUUCUAAAUUGCUCGGACGAAAUAUUAUCUUUUCUCAAAAGUUUAGCUUUAUUGUGAAAAAUCAUUACGAGACCAAUGUAAUACAAAUACCAAAAGUUUAUGCUUGCGUAAGGCUUACAUGUUGCUGAAAAAUUAAAUACAAAUAUCUUUUCCUUAAUCUCAUAGAUAGUACCUGUACAAUAAAAUAAUACAGUAAAUAAAUGAAUACAGGAUUAUUUGUAUCAAUUUUUCAACAGUCGAUUACAGUAAAAAAUGAGUAAAACUGUGAAUAUCACUUGAUAAAAAUCUUAAGCUGUUCUCAGAGUGCAAUUUCAGAAUAAGUGUAGAUAUAGUUAAUCAAAAUUGAAACUCUAUGACCGAAGGUAUUUAACACAGACUGAUUGACAUCUUUAUAUUAUACAUUUAAGCUUAUAUAUAAUACAAAU